UUGUGUUGGGUCAAUAUCCUAUCAAAUCAUGUACUUACACCAUCUAGGCCACGUACUUGUGAUCCACCGGAUCUUCACAGCAGCUCUCGAUACGAUUGUUUAAUCCACCCGUGCCUUGUUUGCCUGAGCACAAUACCAGCUGAAAAGUGGCAGGCAGGGCAGCGUUCCAAUGCAACCAGUUGGUAUCAGAGCUGCACUGUGAGUAGCUCUUUGGCCAACCUUUUAGCCGACAUGCCUAAUUGGGGGUUGGCAUUCUCCCUUGCAUGGUGCCAAGAUGACCUGACGGUGUCAUUUGAGCAGUUGAAUAUGUGGCGGCUGCAGGACCAAGGAGUUCAUUGA